AUGCUACGAAAGCCGUCCAAGGUCGCUGCUUUUCCGAGCAUUGAGCGGCCCAAUUUCGAAAGGCAUUCGAGAAGAGACGCCCCAAAGUCAGUCAAUCUGGACUUUGACGCCCGCGUCCCCAUCCCCUUCAGUGUCUUCCCGUCGUCGUACCGGAGUGACGCUGUCUCUGAAACUACUCAGACGCGAGUAGAGGGAGAAGUUCAACUCGAUCGCACUUCGCACGUCGAACGGGAAGAUACUCGAGUCGCCGCCUCUCUCCCCGACCCUCGUGUCCACGGAAAGGAAGAAGUCGAUAUCCACAUCCACCAGCGGGAGCAGCAGCCGCCGCACCACCACCACCACCACCCGCACUCGGCCCCUCAGAUUCCUCACGAAGAGUCGCCUCGCUACGAAACUUCGCGCUACGAAUCCACUGCUCACUACGAGUCGCACGAGCCUCGCAACUACGCUGCCGAGGUUGAAUUGACCCGCGAACGCUACCCUAACUACCGCGAGUCCUCUGUCCGCUUCGAGGAACGUCCCCAAGUCUACGAUCAAGUCGUCGAGAACCAACUCGACGUCACUGAGAGAGAGUACCGUCGUCGGACCUCUCCCACCUACGAAGUCGACGUCUCUUACGACCGUCGCUACCAGGACCCGUCGACCGCGUCCCAGUACCAGCCGUCGUACCCCGUCGACGUCUCGUACGACCGCUCGUAUCAGCCUCAGCCCGCUUCUGCGUAUCGAGGCUCCGAGUAUUCUCGUCACGAAGUCGAGCCUCACCAGCCGUCUUCUGUCUCGUAUCCCCCUUCCUCCUCGUACUCUGCUCCUCCCAAGACCGUCAAGGUCGAGAAAACUACCGUUCGUCAAGUCACUCCCGCCUCCCGCGCCAACAGCAAGAUGGGCUACUACGACGACGAGGGUCAAUACCACUCCUUCCGCCGUGGAGUGGAGCGGGCCGCUGACCGUGUCCUGCACCCCUUCCACCACCACGACCGUGAGGAGGUCGUCUCCACCGAGAGCGGUCCCGCUCGCUUCAGCGAGGGUGUCCGUGAGGAUGUUCGCAUUGUGGAGCCCCGCAACCGCGCCGUCCCCGGAGAGACCGUCCCCAUCCCCUGCCACUUUGUCCGUGUCGGGGACAUCCUGAUCCUUCAGGGCCGUCCCUGCCAGGUCAUCCGCAUCACGGUCUCCCCCCAGACCGGUCAGCACCGUUACCUCGGUGUCGACCUCUUCACCCGUCAGUUGCACGAGGAGUCCAGCUUUGUCUCCAACCCCUCCCCCUCGGUGGUGGUGCAGACCAUGCUCGGCCCCGUGUACAAGACCUACCGCAUCCUCGACCUCCGUGAUGACGGUAAGCUGGUCGCCAUGACCGAGACUGGUGAUGUCAAGCAGGGUCUGCCCGUCGUCUCCCAGGGUCAGGUCUUCAAGCGUAUCCGUGACGCCUUUGCCGAUGGCCGUGGCUCCGUCCGUGCCCUCGUCAUCAACGACGGUGGUCGUGAGCUCGUCGUUGACUUCAAGGUCAUUCACGGCUCCCGUCUGUAA